AUGUGUGGGCCCGAGCAUCUGCUCUGCUGCCCCAAGGAUCUGGUGAUGUUUCCCAGGCAACUGUCUCACACAGCCUAUCUGCCUGGCACUCCCGUAUCCCGUAAAUGCCACCACAUCUGGCUACAGGCGGGCGUGUCUGCCUGGCAUCCAUGGGCCAGCAGGUGUGGCGGAGCACAGCCCGCUUCCUGGCUGUGUCGGAAGGCUGCCCGGGCGUUUUGGCUGUUGUUGCCAGCAGGCGACAAAACUCCCUGUCACCACAGUAGCAGCUGGCUCUGAAGAAGUGGAGCCUUUUCACCAGGCUCAACUUUGAAACUUCCACCAGCACCAGCACCAGCACCAGCACCACUGUCUGCUGAUAACUUGGGGACAGGCGGGACGAGGCCUUCUGGCGGCCGCCCCUGGUUUCUCCUGGGGGGUGAUGAGCGGGAGCGGCUCUGGGCCGAGCUGCUGCGCACGGUGAGCCCAGAGCUCACCCUGGACCACGAGGUGCCUCCACUGCCCGCCUUCCCUGGACAGGAGCCCAGGUGCGGCCCGGAGCCCACUGAAGCCUUCACUGUCGGACCCAAGACCUUUUCCUGGACGCCCUUUCCGCCAGACCUGUGGAGCCCGGGCCGCUCCUACCGGCUGCUUCGCGGGGCAGGAGGGCACCUGGAGUCCCCCGCCAGGUCCCUGCCCCAGCGCCCGGCACCUGAUCCCUGCAGGGCCCCCAGGGUGGAGCAGCAGCCGUCCGUGGAGGGUACCGCCCUGCGCCACUGCCCCAUGUGCCAGAAAGAGUUCGGCCCCAGGCUGACCCAGCUGGAUGUUGACAGCCACCUGGCCCAGUGCUUGGCGGAAAGCACAGAAGACGUGAUGUGGUGAGCACCAUCCAGGGAGCCCUGCGCAGUGUGCGGCGCCCGGACGCGCCCUCCCCCUGCAGAAGCCCCUCCUCUCAGCUCUCCAGC